UGACCAAAUCCAAGAUGGCAGGGGAAGUUGUCUUUAGUUCAGGUUACUCCUGUAGCUUCGAGUUUUUUCCUCUUCCUCUAGUCGUCGCUUUCCUUGACCAAAUCCAAGAUGGCGGGGGAUUUCUUUCUGUGAAGAGGUUGCGGCUGUUCGAAGGGAAUAUUUCCGGCUUCUCCGACCGGAAAUGAACAGGAAAGGCUUGGGAAAGCUUGAUUGAGAAGAAAAAAGAGAAAGAGUGGGGAGAGGAGGGAAAGAUGUCGGUGGAUUACGCGGCGGGCCUGUCGCCGUACGCGGACAAAGGCCUGUGCGGCCUACCGGAGUCCUUUGACACUCCAGAUGAACUGGAGGAGAAGAUCUCUCGCUUGGCGGACCUUAUCCGGGAGGCUUCCAAUGUCGUCUUUCACACUGGAGCCGGCAUCAGCACCUCUUCGGGAAUCCCAGACUUCCGAGGCCCCAAUGGGGUCUGGACUCUGGAGGAGCGUGGCUUGCCUGCCAAGUUCGACACCACCUUUGAGGGGGCAUGCCCCUCCCCAACCCACAUGGCACUGCUGGGCCUCCAACAGGCUGGCCUCCUGCACUUCCUAGUCAGCCAGAAUGUGGACGGCCUUCAUGUUCGGUCCGGCUUCCCCAGGGACAAACUGGCCGAGCUACACGGGAACAUGUUUGUGGAGGAAUGCAUGAAGUGUGGCAAGCAGUAUGUGAGGGACACAGUGGUGGGGACGAUGGGCCUGAAGCCGACGGGGAGACUGUGCGACGUCUCCAAGCGCCAAGGGCUCCGCUCCUGCAGAGGGAAGCUGAUAGACACCAUCUUAGACUGGGAAGAUUCCCUGCCUGAUCGGGACCUCCAUCUUGCCAGCGAAGCCAGCAGGAAGGCCGACCUCUCCAUCACGUUGGGGACUUCCUUGCAGAUCAAGCCCAGUGGGGACCUGCCUCUGCUGACCAAGCGGAAGGGCGGCCGGCUGGUCAUCGUCAACCUCCAGCCCACCAAACAUGACAAGCAUGCUGACCUGCGCAUCCACGCCUACGUGGACGAAGUCAUGACCAAGCUGAUGACGCUCCUGGGGCUGGAGAUCCCCAAAUGGACGAUGGCAGCACUGGACGAGGCCAAGCCUGCCACUGACGUCCCACUGUGCACCAAAGAGGAGAAGGCCCCACUUUGCAACAGCAUGGCUCUCCCCAAAAAGGAGCCUUGUGCUCCGGAUGCCAAGCGAUUCAAGCUCGAGCUGCUCCCUUCCUGACGGACCCUCCAUUCUUCCCUCCCUCCAGCUCUGUGUCUUUGCGCUGCCUUUGUAUGUAUGUCUGGGUGGAAACCCGUUGUGACUUUUUUAAAGACUCUGCCUCAUCUAC